AUGGGCAAUUUGUCGUUCCUCAUCACGGAUCUCCUGAUUUUAUCGUUGCAAAUUACAUGCGGAAUUUGUAAUGGAUUUGUCUUUUUUAUGUACUGCAGAGUGAAAAAACUUCGUAAGAACCUUGCCCUGCGAAUGGUGCUGUAUCUCUCCAUCAGCGACGCCUUGCUUGCUGUUACUGAAUUAUAUGCAAAUUUGGCAUUACUGAUCGGGUUAGCUUUGGCUUGUUGUGAUGUAACUGCUGAAUUCAUACUUUCUCCAAUCUUACCACGACCCAACUGUGCUGCCAUAGGGUGUUUUGUCAGUGACCGAUUUCGCAAUUAUUGGGGAACAAGUAAUAUGGUCCUUGGCCUCUUUGUGAUAAUUCUUACAGUAGCUAUGCUAAUCAAACUACAUUAUAUUAAGAAAAAUUCUGCCUCCGAAAAAGCUCUUGUAGCUACAAGUAAUAGUAAUACGAGCAGAUUCAGACAAGCCAAUCGUAGCUCGGUCGGUAUCUUACUAACCUCGCUACUCUUUGUGACAUUACCUAGCGUCGGCGUUGGAUUUGUUGAAAUGAUUGGUUUCUCCAUUUUUAAAACUGUUGGCCCAUUUUACAUACUAGGGCUUCUCUCAGCAGGUACUUGUAACUGCAUAGUUUACUUCGCACUGAACCGAGACAUGCGAGUGUUGGCCAGAAACUGCAUUUUGGGAAAAACACACCCUCAAGCUGAAGCCACCACAAAAGUAUCAAUGAGUCCAAGUGCGAUGCCACUUUGA